CUAGCUCGCUCCCUGUGCCUUGUUUCUCGAAGACCCGAAUUUGUGUUCAUUUCAUACAGACUCGCAAUCAUGAAUCUUGAUUUCUCUCGCAACGAUGUCGCGUACGAGAAGGCGCCUUUCCUAGACUCCGAUGAGGAGGAGAAGGGCUCUGAGACUUCGUCGUCGGUAGGACACGUUCGUGGGUCACCGCCAAAGGUCUUGCCGAGCGUCAUCAAUAUUGUGCUUGUACUCUUGCUCGUUCUCACGAAUGCAGCAUGGUGGGCGGCCGGUGCCAAACAUAAAGUCUCCACGAAGGAGGCAAUGUCUGUUGCAAGACCGCAGCUUGUAUGGUCUCCGGCCACAGAGACUAUCGAGUACGAAAGAGUCGUUCUAAACCGGUCCAUCGAGACUGACAACGUUUUCGCUGGCGAACGCACCCCAGCUAUGGAAGAGGCAUGGGCGGAUCUCAUCAAGCCCAUGGCGUUGAAGCUUUCCAAGGAAGAAGUCGAGCGCGUAGGCUUGACUUCUCUCACUGGAAAAGACACCAUCUCCUUCAAAGACGGAUCAGGAUAUCUGGCGGAAAUGGGUGUCUACCAUGAGCUGCACUGCGUCAAACAUCUUCGCGAACAUUUGUACCGCGACUUCAAGCACAUGCCCGAACAUGAAUACAAGCGAGAGCGUAUUCACGUUGAUCACUGCCUAGAAUACUUCCGUGAGCAAGCCAUGUGCCGCGGUGACUCCACCAUUGCGUUCUUUGUGUGGAACUCAGGGAUUCCGAAGAGCACCAAGGAUACGACCAAUGAGUGUGUUAAGUGGGGACCACUGAACGCAUGGGCAGAAAGCCGCAUGGUGACUUUGGAUAAGGAGUACACUGCAUUGAACAAGGACUAA